AAUCAGUUCACUCGGUUUCAAGCUCUAACCUAUUUCUUGUUCCCUCUCAAUCCCCAUUCUUCCUUCUCCAACUCUCACUGGUUACAGUUUACACUAAAAAUAUGGCGGUUUCUUUGACACUACCGACUCGAUUAGGCUUAUCAUCCCGUUUUACAAGCUCAGACUCCAUCUCUCUAUCUACCCACCGAAAUCCAGCAAGAUUAGUUGGUUCUGGUUUGUCGAAUUUCCAUGGAGUAUCAAGUACUAAAAUUGACGGAUUAAAGCUGAAAGACCAGAAUAAUGGCAGCCAUGAUGUAAUAGAAGCAAAGAAAGGGAACCCACCUGUAAUGCCAGCUGUGAUGACACCAGGAGGACCUAUAGACCUUUCAUCUGUGUUGUUCAGGAAUCGCAUUAUCUUCAUUGGUCAACCAAUUAACUCACAAGUUGCUCAGCGAGUAAUAUCACAGCUUGUAACACUAGCAGCUAUUGACGAGAAUGCAGAUAUUCUGAUAUACCUGAACUGCCCUGGUGGAAGUACAUAUUCUGUAUUAGCAAUAUAUGACUGCAUGUCAUGGAUAAAGCCCAAGGUGGGCACAGUCUGUUUUGGGGUGGCUGCAAGCCAAGGAGCACUUCUUCUUGCUGGGGGUGAAAAAGGAAUGCGUUAUUCAAUGCCAAAUGCACGCAUUAUGAUACAUCAACCCCAGAGCGGAUGUGGGGGUCACGUGGAGGAUGUGCGACGUCAAGUUAAUGAAGCUGUUCAAUCUCGCCAUGUAAGUUCUCUACAUCCCGAAAUGCUAACUUUUUUUCCAUUCGUUUACUAA